GGGUACAGGCGGGAUUUCCGGGCUGUCUGCUGUACAUGUAGGAGGGGAAAGCAGAGGUCACGGCGCUGUACAGGACACAUAAAGCUGAUGGUUGUUACAGCUGUGCAUGAACAUGAGCUCUCCUCAGGCAGACCUCAGCGAGCAGCCGCCGCACAGGAGAAUGCAGAGUGGCUACACUCCCACUGAAGAGGAGAAGAGAGUCUUGAGAGAAUGUAAUUCUGAGAGCUUUUGGUACAGAUCUGUCCCCUUCUCCGUUGUUAGCAUGCUGGCUACACAGACCCUCAUCCGCAGAGGUAUACUUACAACAUCCACCAGAUUCGGUUCUUUCCCAAAAAUAGCCGUUGCUGGUGUCUUUGGAUACAUAGCUGGAAAGAUUUCGUAUAUUAAAGAAUGCAGGGAGAAAUUUCUGAGAUUGGAGAAUUCCCCGAUGGCAGAGAUUAUUCGUCAGGGACCAAAGACUCAAGCACAAUUUCCCAAGCAUACAGACAAUGCUGAGACCGCAGCCCCACAGCAGACUUUUGCCCCAGUAGAGGCUAAACCUACAUCCAGUGUGUACAACAGCAAGUAUGAGACCAAGGCUGUAGAAGUGCCUUUUAGCUCAUCCAUGAGUGAGUCUUCACCCACUGGAAUUGGAGAUAAUGUUUUAAAAGAACCUGAACCAAUCCUAGAAGAAACGUCUAAACAGAAACCACUGACAUAUGAUGAGCUGAGGGACCAGAAUAGAGAUUCCUACCACAAGGCGGGUUUAGCGUCUUCUAGAGCACCCAUGCAGGAGAAGAAGCCUUGGAAAGAAGUAAAGAAGAACAAAUACGGCGAUGUGUGGGAAGAAUGAAAAUGUCUGCAGAACACCAAAUGCUGGCAUCUGUAAUAACUGGUCCAUAUGCUGGCACUUAAUAAAUUAAUGCAAAAAUCAGAACAGAAUUCAGAUUUCAUGGCGUGUAACAUGUUUUAUUGGUUUACGUUGAUGCAACUAUAAAAGCCAAAUGUGUUCAGAAAGAAUGGCUUCUAUAUUUUAGCACAUUAAAGUUUAAUUUUUUUGUAAA